UCUUUUAGAGGAGAAAAAGCAAAACAAUAUUUUUCCCCCGACCGGGCGGCUUUUAGGUUUUUAGGGUGGUAGAAAAUCAUCUUGGUAGUACUGCCACAACUAAGUAGUUAAAGUAAAGAUCAUCUAAUUAAAUGUAUUUUAAUUCUAGGAAGUUCAGCAGCAUAAAACUUUAUAGAAAGCCUGCUACCUUUCUUUAGUCCCUCUUGUCCUGCCCGAUUAUGAAUUCCAAACGUCUUCUCGAGAAGUCUCCGGCUGGGAUAAGGGUCAGUACUGCUCCGAGUAAUGCCGGUAAUAACCAUUCAACAGGGAACACCAAGAACUAUGUCAAGACUGUUGGAGCAGUGGACUGUGGGGUAAUAUUGUCAUGCAAGAAUGAUCCUUCCUCGGGAAGCUUUCUAUAUACACUAAUGUUGGACAAUGGGACAUCGAAAGAAUAUCCCAAUGAAGAUUUCGCUCAGAACGGAAUUGCAUUGACAACACCAAGGAAAGAAAAGCACAUCGAUUCAAAGAAAACAUGCUGUGACAGCUCAGUGGAGGAGAGGGACACAGGGCCCAGUGGCAGCAUCCAGAAAAGAGGCAGUCCCACAUAUCGGCUGAUUGUCAAUGGGAGAAAGCUAGAUGACCAAACACACAUGGAGGGCAGAGGUCUGGGGAGACGUGGGGAGGAGUCAAAGAGGGACCUGCUGUUGCUUGGCUCUGAUAUCUCACCUGAGGAGCAAUACCCACACACCUCUUCGCACAUCCCCGUCCCACGAAACAGAAAACCAUCCGGUCAUGCUGACAAGGAGGUGAUGGCUGCCACAGUCCUGUCGUCCCUGUCCACCAGCCCCAUGGUGCUCAACCCGGCCGCGGGCACUCAAGCUGCAGUUACAGAGCCCACCAGCAGGGGCUGGAAGGAAAGCCUGUCUGCCAGCUACAGCAGCUCCACCAGCGGAAACUGGAGCUGGGACGCCAGCGACCAGUCGGUGCCCUCCACGCCAUCUCCGCCGCUGUCCAAUGACGUCAGCAAGAGCUUCCUGCUCUCUUCUCAGGGGGAUGACAACAUCGAAGAGUCGGAGACCACUCACUUCCUGUUUGAGGACCCGAUCCCCAGGAAGCGCAAGAAUUCCAUGAAGGUGAUGUUCAAGUGCUUGUGGAAGAACUGUGACAAAGUCCUCAGCACCUCCUCAGGGAUCCAGCGGCACGUUCGUACCGUCCACCUGGGGCGUAACAGCGACUCGGACUACAGCGACGGCGAGGAGGACUUCUACUACUCCGAGAUCGAGGUGAACAUGGACACGCUGUCGGAGGGGCUGUCCAGCCUGACGCCCACCUCGCCCACCACGGCCGCGCCCCCGCCCGUCUUCCCCACCCUGGAGCUGCCCCACUCGGAGCCGGACCGCGCCAGCGUGCGGGGGGCACCGUGCCACACCCCCCUCAGCCAGUCGGCGCCCUCCACGCUCUGCCACAUCCGCACUGAUCACGCCUACCAGGCAACUGCUCCUGUGAGCAUUCCCAUGUCUUCCAAGUUCAUUCAGAGUGAGAGUGGGAUCAGUAUGUCCUGGCAGUCACCCCCCAUCAUAUUUAAAGGGCUACCGGGUCCUGUGUCUCAGAUCCGCACUGUUGGUAUUGGGGAGAAGCGGCAGCCGACCCAGCAUGCUACUGUUACCAAGAUCCACUCGUCUGCUGCCCCAGCACCCAAGCCCUCCACCGGGACAAGGAAGCCGCGUGGAGAGGCCAAGAAGUGCCGGAAGGUGUACGGCAUGGAGAAGAAGGACAUGUGGUGCACGGCCUGCCGCUGGAAGAAGGCCUGCCAGCGCUUCACUGACUGAGCCCUUAAAGAGACAGACACUUCCCAUUCGCCGGCGCCCGGCGACCCCCGACCCCCGACCCCUGACCCCUGACCCCUUCAGCAUACACGGGGAAUCGGUUUCUCUGUGACGAAACCCCAGGGCUUUACUGCUUUGUGCACAAGGGGGCUCUCAACCCCCUCCUGCGUAAAAGAAUACAGAAUACUUAACAAAAAAAACACAUAGAAAUACAAAAAAAAAAACACAAAAUCAAAAAUUGGACAAAAAUAAGAAUAUUAUUGCUUGGGCAGCAAUGUUUAUGUAGGUUUAAACUUUUUUUGUAAAGUACUUGGAAAAACAUACAACAAACAAAAAGAAAUCUGAUUCAUAUGCUUAUAAUACUUGUUUUGUAUUUUCCUAUUUUGCAUGUCUUCAUCAGAAAACACAUCUGACCGAAGAUUUCGGAUAUAAGCUCUCAGUGUAAUAUACUUUCACAACACGCUAUUUCUGCCCGGUUAAAAAACAACCAGUAAGCUAUUUUUUGAUAUUUGACUAUCAGUAGAUUUUUUUUCUUUGUCUUUAGUUUGGUCCCAACAAUGUUUCUGUGAUUUAUACAGAUUCUUCUCCACUGUAAGUGGUCUUGUAAACAAUCAUUUUGUGUUUCUAAGCAGCACUUUCACCAAAGGAAAACAGAUCUAUAAUCUGCUUUAAAUGUGAUUGUCGAAAUUGUGCUGAACAUUAAUAUUUUCACGAGAAUAUUUCCUCUUUGCUAAAUGGUAAAUAAUGCAGAGAUUCCUAAUGCUUUUUGGGAAGCAAAUAAUACAUGUAGGCCAUCUCAAAGGCUCUUUCUCAACUGAAAGAUGGUCUUUGGUCUUGGGCUAUAUCACCAAAAUGAAGCUCAGCUUUGAAUUUCCAAAACUGUUUUAAAUGAAAUAAUAUUUUUCUUUUAUUUUUCCUUUACGUCUGUCUAGAUAUGCACCUUUUGGAUUUUUAAAGUUGCUUUCAGAUUAUCACUGUUGGCUUUAACCACAGUGUAUGCACAUGUGUGGGAAUGUAUUUGCAAAUAUUUGUAGACUUUUCAUGCCUUUGACAUAGAGUUGCAGCAUGCAGUCAUACAAAAAAAAUCAUGAAUAUCAUGUUGAAAUACUGAGCAUACAUGUGUUGUAUACAGAUAAGUCAAAUAUCUGAAAUAUUGAUAAUCUGCUGUCUUUUAACAAUACACAGUAUUAUGUAAGUGUAUGGCAUCUUAUUUCAAGACUUGCUAUUGGAGAGGGUUUUAAAUGCCUGCAUUGGAGAGUAUUUUCUGGGUUAGCGUAGAAUUUCUGUUUGAAAUUUUUCUCUCAUGGAGAGUGUAGAUAAACACACCAUGAUUUGUUGGCUGUAAAUGAAAAUUGCAGUUAAUGGCCCCAUUUAAUGCUUUUUUUCUAUUCGCGUUCAUACCGUAACACACCGCCAUUUAUAUGCUUGUUUAUAGCUUAUUAAAGUCUAUGCAUUACUGUUAUAAAGGGAUUAUUUGCUUCCCAUAAACCUUGCUUGGAUUGAUAUUGGACUUCGAUCCACUUGAUGACAUUAUGAAAAUAUGGACGUCCUGCUCAGCUUUUCUGAUACCGCCACCACUGAAUGUAUCUUCUGCUGUAACACGGACUCUACCACCUUUCUCUGUACUCAAAGGAUUGACUCUGUUAUUUCCCAACUCAUUUGCUCAAAUGUGUUCCCUCAGAAUAGUAGAUAUUAUGUUAUCUAUGACUCUGUACUCUUUGCUCCGCCCCCUUCCCUGACACCCAGAUUUGUGCUUGUUGCCCUGGCGAUGCCUACAUUCCACAUUUCCCAGCCCCUCAGUAGACCUGAGGUCAGUGGGCGUGGCAACGUGUGGCAGGCUGCCGGGACCCACAGAAUCUUGUCCGUAACUCGGUGAGGACGGACGGCAGGCACUGACCUGCCCAAACACUCGGCCGCCAAGCUUCCCUGCCGCCCCAAAGCACAGAUCUGUACCGAAGGGGCGCGAGUCUUAGUCAUGUUUGGAAAACUUCACCAAGUGCCAAUGGGAAGAGCAAAAAAAAAGAAAAAAAAAAACCUAAUUGAUUUGCACUAACUUGUACUGCACAAAGACAUAUUUUGUAUGUGGAAUUUUUAUAUGCAGCAUUUGAAGUUGUUAAAGCGAAUGAGUUUUGGUCGUCACUGCCUUUCUGGAAUAUGGGUUCAGAGACAGUUUCAUUUGUUGCCUCCCUCAGUGAGAGCUGUUGGGUUCUGUAGUUUGACUGGGGGUCAUCAUUUGGAAUAGGCCUUCAGUCAGUGAAGUAUAUUGUUUCUUAUGCAAAGCGCUAGAUGUAGCACAGAUACAGUAGCUUGUGUGUAAAGGCUCCAUGUUUUUUUUCGUAUUUUAGCCAAUAUAACUCCUUUAUUCUGUCCAUUCAUCUUCUCAUAUAUAACCAUAUUUUGUCUUCCCCUGUAGAAUUAGAUUUAAGUGUGUGAGUCACUCGUGGGAGGUGCUAGUAGGGUAUUUGGUUGUUUUGGAUAAUACGGCAUCUGGACAGAUUGCCGUGGAACACCGCUAAGCUCCUCCCACUGCCACCUGCUUUUCUGAUAGGCAGCAGCACAACUUCCUUGCAGGGAUUAAUUAUGCUGUUGUUCUGCUGGCUUUUUAGCCAAUCAGUUAAAAUAACAGCAGUGCUCCUCUGUCUGUACCGCCCCUUUGACUACAUAAGGCCCGCCUCUCUCCAGCCAGCUAGAUUCAUACUAGUGUAUUAGCACGCUGCCAGGCACUUUUCCCACCUUGUUGCACUAGAAUGGACGUGCAUUACCCAACUGAGCUAAAGCAGUGGGAACAGAAAAACUUAACUCUGAAUGAUUUUGCCUCCAGCUCACACUUGUGACAAAAAGGUAAUUAGGGGAAAGACAAACUAGUUCAGACAGGGGUGUAUGCUGAAGAUUUGAUUACAGAUAAACUCAUCUAUGGAGGCAGUGAUGAUUCACAACAAAUAGUUAUUUUUGAUGUUUUCCUAGACAUGCAAGGUAAAGAACGCCCUGAUUCAUUUUCAUCUUUUUUCUAUGUUUUGUAUUAUAGAAUGGAAAAUUUUAAAAUAGAAUUGAGAUGAUUUUUGCUGAUUUCUUUUUUUUUUGUAACAAUUGAAAAGUUAUAUGGAAGAUAACAUGUAAAUAUACUAUACAGUAAAUGUUGUGGGGUGGGGAAAAACAUUGAUGAAUGUAAAAACUACAAAAAAAAAAGCCUAAUCAUGUUUUUUUCCCUUGGUAGGUGGUCCUGGGGGUGUUUUUGUAGACCCCAUCGGGCUUUGGUUUCUAUGUGUCUUAUUCUGUAUUAUGGGCUGAAUUCAGAAUCUAAAACAGUAACAAGUUCACAGCUGUUCAUUUAAUUUCACAUUGUAUCACUUCAAUAAUCCAACCACAUGCAAUAAUGCUUCUGCUCCUUUCCUUCCUUUCUGCAGUGUCAUGUUUUAAAAGGAUAUGACUUGUUUCUGACAACAUGGACUCUGAUCUGCUCCAGAUAUUCACUUUGUAUUUGUUGUUGUCGGUCAGGACAAACUCGAUUUGUUGAUCUGUUUCCCCCUGAAAAGAACUUCUGUGUGUCCUGCCCUGCACAUUCCAUUGGGCUGCCUGACAGUGUGUCCGUCUCUCUGUCCGCUCGAUCAUCUGUCCUUCUGUCCACCUGUCGCACUCUCGCUCACACCCCUUAGUGCAUUCAAACACACUGUAGGCAAACCCUACAGUCCAGCCAGGAUGUUAAGCUAACCAAACCCAAACAAUGUGCAGAAAAAUACCUUUUUUAUUUUUUAUUUAGCUUUUUUGGUUUUCAAAUUUCAGUGUUGCGUUAAACAAGACAGCGCUAAGCCAAUGGAUUGAUGUACAGCUUUUUUUGUUUUGUUUUAUGGCAGCUCCAUUGAGCGCGAGACUCAGAUUUGUGCUUCUGUCAUUUCCUUUUUAAAUCGCUUGUUUUCGUCUUUCUUUUGUUCUCUUCAGAUACGUGCCAUCGGUGUUUGACCGAGCUGCGGCUCGCGAGAAACUGACGCACUUUUGAUUGUGUGUUUUCAUCGUCGGGUUUUGUUUGAUUGGUCUGAGGUUUGCAUGUUUGCAGAUGUGCCACAUCUGGGCCGUCACAUUCUGUUGAAUUCUUACGAGAUCUCAGACUUUUACUGUACCAUGCUGUGCUGGCAGCCAGUCCCGUGGCUGCAGGCAAUGGUGCUUUGGCCCACAGGAUUGUUGCAUUGCAUUGUUGUCUGCCUUUGUAUAGCCAGGGCACAGAGCCGGAAUGUACUUCCAUUUGGACAAUUACAUGGUUGAAAAUAUUGGAAAAAAUAAACGUGAAUUAAAGCUGUCCUUCUCUUCAA